AUGGGGACUCAAGACUGUCACAGGGCAAUCCAGUCGGGGGUUCGAGCACCAGCCGAAUCCUCUCGGAUACGACAGAAGUCUGGUCACUGCUCGCAGGUCCCUUGGAAGCUGAUGAUCCACAGGUAUUGGAGGUCCUUACAAGACACUACCUCGACCCUCCUUCGCUCCUACCGUACAAUUUCACCCAAGGACUCCCGAGAAAGGGUCCCGGGCUUUACUUGGCCCUGGAUCCACGGCUGGCUGAAGAAGCUCUUCGCGGACCAGAGGGGCGGCUUCUUCGUCGAGGCCGGAGCUCUUGACGGGGAGUAUCUGUCAAACACCUUGUGGCUGGAGCGCGACCUUGGCUGGUCAGGCCUACUCGUGGAGGCUGCUGUCAGCAGCUUCAAGGAGCUAAGGUUCAAGCACAGGAAAUCCUGGGUUUCAAAUGCGUGUCUGUCACCAACACCAUACCCCAAGCGUAUCCCUUUCGUAAACCACUUCUUAACAGAUGCUCAGCUGAAUACUAUUGACUUCUCCACGUGGGCUUACCGGGGGCACAGCCAUGAGUUUCGGCAAGACAUACCGCAGGCUGACUUCGGGGCGCACGACCACAGUAGCUACUCAGUGGUGCAGUGCUUCCCUCUUCUCUCAUUCCUAAAGGCGCUCAACGUGACCCAGGUUGACCUAUUGAGCCUCGACACUCAGGGCUCCGAGGCGGACAUCGUGAGGUCAUUCCUAGGCUCUGACGGAAUCAAGGUCAGGGUCAUAGUGGCUGAAAAUGAGUUUGGGAAAUUUGAUGAGAAGAUGAUGAGUGAGAUGAAAGAAAAUGGUUAUCUGCUUCUUGCUAGACUUGCUGACUUAGUUUUCGUAAGAAGGGACGAUCCUGUAUGGCAGCAUGAGGGCCUUAUAAGAAUAUUGCAAGAUGACACUGGUCAAAUAAAUGGAUAUAAAAUAUCUUUUAAGGAAUUCAAGGAUAGCCUGCGGAGAAAUGCAUGAAAUUACGUCAAAUGGGCGUGUGUGCGUGCAUGUAUGUAUGUACGUGUGUGUAUUGUGUGUGUUUGUGUGCGUGUGUAUAGGUAGGGAAUUUUCUUGCCUAUAAUUUCGUGACUUUUGCUAUCUCUUGCCAUGGUGUACCGACACCAUGGCAACAGCGUCGUUCAUGUACCGUAGUGAUUACAAGUUUUAUGGUUUUCUGUUGUUUCCAUAACAGUAUGAUCAAAGCAAUAGAAAUGUACUGCAAAUGAAAGGAUAUUAUGGGGAUGAAAACAAAAAUUAAUAUAAAUAGGGAUAUUUCAAGUGGAACAGCGUGAACUGAUAAAAUAAUAAUAAUAUUAAUAAAAUAAUCUUUUCAAGACAGUAAUUCCUAGGGAGAGGUCUACGAAUAUUAUGAGAAUACAUGCGGACCGUGUUUGUUGGCCUUUGCUGAAGCUUCGCUAUUAUGUUAGAUUCAUUGCAAUAAUUUAUUAAAAUAGUCUCGAUUUUUAUUUCAAUAUCAGAAAAAGACUACUGUUAAUUUUUCAGUGUUUCAGCACUGUACCUUUUUGUUCAGCUGACCACAAAUGUAAAUAUAUAUAUAUAUAUGGGUCAUGGUUUGAUUGCCUGCCUGUUGCAUCGUUAUUAUUAUUUUUUUGCCAUAUAGGUAGUUUUUCUGAUGUUUAUUGUUUAAAGUAUAAAUAUAGUACUAAUCAUACAUAAAAUAAUAGCAGUUAUUAAUUAUUCAAGUAUUUGUCAUUAGUCAAAUUAAGGCAGGUAACAGUUUUAUAUUUAUAUCAAUAUCUCUAUCUGUCUACCUAUGUAAAUUUGUUAUUUGAUAAGCAAAUAAUAUUGUAUUAUAACAAAAAAAAUAUUAUAGGACUCUUCAUGCUAAACAUUUUUUAAUAAACGAAUCACUUCAAGGAAAUUUGAUUUUUGUGUAGAGAAAAGACUUGUUUCUUACUUUAUAUCAUAUAUUAUAUAUUGUCAUUGUUAGGCAUCCUUGAGGAUAUGUAUAUCAGUACUUUAUUUAUUCAGUGAAUAUAUACAUGACCAGGA